AUGCCGACGAGAGGGGAGGGCCCCACCUCUCGCCUCACCAUGACCCACACGCGCACCCGCCGCAUCACGCUGCCCCUCGCCUCCCCGCCGCACUGCAACAUCCUCACCUCGGUGGUCGAGGACGCGCGGCACAUCCAGGACCCGACGACGCUGUCCGAGUUCCUGGCGCUCGACGAGGUGCGCGAGCACCUCGACUGUUCGCCGUGGCUGCGGCGCGGGUUCCAGCCGGCGUCGACAAAACUGCCCACGCCGCUCACCUGGGCCAUCACGUGCGAUAGCGGCGACGGCGAGGACGAGAUUGCGAGCUGUGCACUUGUCGAGGACAUCAGCGACGCCGAGCUCGACUACCUCGACGCCUGGGCGCUCGUCAAGACGCCCCACGGCCCGCUGCCCUUCACCGUCGGCACAGAAGGCGAGUUCACGUUCCGUACCUCUGGGCAGGCAGUGUUUCCCUACGAGCGGGGCCACGCGGCCCUCGCCCUCGUCGCGCGCGGCAUCGCGCUCUCGGCCGCCCUCGACGUGCCCGUGUUCCUCAGUAACGGCCGCCGCACGUUCCAGUGCGAUGCGCGCGACGACGCGAGCGUCAUGACCUCGCGCACGUUCGGGACGCGUGCCGACGGCGCCACGGUGCGCGAGGACGUCGAUCACGAGCUCAGCCUGUUCGCGUGGCUUGCCGGCCAGGCAUUCGAGGUGCUGCAUAAGAAGUAG